CGGAACAGAUGGGUAGAAUAGUUCGAGGAACUCCUGAAUAGGCCGGCUCCAAUGAAUCCACCGGACAUCGAAGCGGCACACACAGAUCUUUCCAUAGACGUCAACCCACCAACGAAGGAAGAAAUCAGAAUGGUCGUCAGACAAAUCAAGAACGGGAAAGCAGCGAGUCCGGACAACAUACCAGCUGAAGCACUGAAGUCAGACAUCGAAGCAACCACAAACAUGCUUUACCUUCUAUUCAAAAAGAUUUGGGAGGAGGAACAAGUGCCGAUGGACUGGAAAGAAGGGAACCUCGUCAAGAUUCCAAAGAAAGGAGGUCUGAGCAAAUGUGAAAACUAUAGAGGCAUUACACUGCUGUCAAUACCAGGGAAGGUCUUCAACAGAGUGUUGCUGAACCGGAUGAAAAAUGCAGUAGACGCCCAACCUCGAGAUCAACAAACUGGAUUCCGUAAGGAUCGAUCAUGCACAGACCAAAUUGCGACACUACGGAUCAUCGUCGAACAAUCAGUUGAGUGGAACUCAUCACUAUACAUCAACUUCAUUGAUUAUGAAAAGGCAUUCGACAGUGUAGAUAGGAGGACAUUAUGGAAACUUCUUCGACACUACGGAGUUCCUGAGAAGAUAGUCAACAUUAUCCGGAACUCAUACGACGGACUACAGUGCAAAGUCGUGCAUGGAGAACAGCUGACAGAUGCAUUCCAAGUGAGGACCGGAGUCAGACAAGGCUGUUUACUCUCUCCCUUCCUCUUUCUUCUGGUGUCGACUGGAUUAUGAAGACCUCGACA